CAUCCACUCCCGUAGACGUUCCCCAGGCUGCGGCCCAGGAACCGCCAGCGGAUGCAGGUGGCGCAUCCGUCGGGUCGUCGGCCCCGACUGGUACGGGUUCCAUAGUCCAGUUAUUAGGUGAUUGACAUCUUAACUGUGUGCAGGUUUCUCAAGUUGUUCAGUAGCUUCCAGGGUUGCUAGCACAUUAUGAAUAUAAAACUAGUCGCCAAAGGUCACCUUCAACAAAAGGCAAAACUUGGUAGUAUGCGGCCGCUGCCGGUAUGGAUUUCGGCGAAUUUUUGUCUAAAUUAGACGAAGUCGCCUAUACGUCUCAUGUGGUAAAGAACGCAGAACCAACUCAUGGUCAACCAAACGAUGACGGUCCAGAGCCUGAGAUUGUUGGUUCCGCUGAACAUGAAUGUCCACCACUGGCCGCCGAAGUGGAUUGUCUACCAAGAGUCGAAAUACAAAACACCAACAUUCUGCCAGCGCUUGACGCGUAUGGACACCCACCAAUUCCUCUUUCAUUCUCCAAGCCGAUCAAGUGGCUCCCGUGGUCGAGACCGGAAAGAGCAGCGGAUUCUGAUACGGAAGUGAAGAGCCGUCCUAGUUCGUCCGACUCGUUUGGCAAGGGCGAUCUUGACACAGUACAAGGGAUUGCUGCAGCCUCAGAGCGGUCAGUUAAAGUUCUGAAAGAGCGCUGCACCCGACUGGAAGAAGAAGUUAGUCGAUUGACAGAGCGAUACGAAAAGACACAGGAAAUGAAAGAAAAACUACUGCAUAAACUGCAGAAUUCACAAUCUCAAACCAUGGCUGAUAUUGGAGAGCUGCUGCGAAAAAAUGAGGAAACUACAAACCGAAUUAAAGAAAUUUCGGAAAGCACCAAAGAGAUGGAAAUACAGAAUUUUGCAGCAAAUGCGGAAGCCGGCAAACGCAGAGAAGCCAGAGUCGCGAAAUUAAAAAAGGUAAUUAAAGACAAAGAUGAAAACAUUGAGCGAAUGAGGAAUGAAAUCCGUUUCGUUCGCAACUUCGCCGAGGACAAAGAACGCGUAGAGGCCAGUGUUAAAGCUCUCCAAAACGUGAUCAAAGAUCGCUCUCAGCAGCAGGAAGAGGAGCUGGAAAACGUUUACAUUUUACAAGAGAUGGAACAGCAGAAACUGCAGAGCAUGGCUGCCGAAAGAUUGGUGGUCCUCACCGAAGAGAACUACAACAGGGCACUGCAGAAUGAGGAUUCCGAGACUAUGGCUGUGUUUUAUAAGCACUGCAAAGUGCAAGACGCUUUAAAUGUGUGGCUUCAAAGAGAUAAAGACCUUACUGCUGAGCAAGCAUCCCUUAAUAGCAAGUUGCGCCAUGUGCUAAACCGGCGACAGCACGCGUUAAAGUACCUUCGAAAGUUUAGCGCACAAACGGAUCGUUUGUACCAAGAGCUUCGCACUCUUCGCCGACGGAAUGAGAAUGCUCAAAAUAAUUUUCACGAAAAGCUUCAGAAGUAUGAAAAACGGUCUAAUUGGAUUGUUCCGGUUGUGGAAAAUCAGCUGGGGUUGCGAACGAGAAUCCGGCGUCUUGAACACAGCAUCGCAGUGGGCAAGGCCGAGGUCAUGCGAAUGAGGCAGCUUGGCAGCAUUGUAGAACAAGAGCGAAGCACGAUGGAAAGGGCGUUUGUCAAUGCAAUACGAUUUGUCAUGGGCGGGAGAAAAGUCGACCAUGUCCGAGAAUUCAACUGGAUAGAACGCGAAAUGGUUCUACGACGGGUGUUUGUCAUGAUGAACAUGGAGAACGCAGACAAUGUGCAGAGAUUCGACGAUCUAAUAAUACCAGCAGAGGCUUAUGUACGAAAAAUCGAAGAAAAAUUCGGAAUUCCGGUUAAUAUCGGCAAUCAAGAAACUGUUUCUGCGAAUCCAACAGCAAAACCUGGUGAUCCGCCGAUGAUUUACAUAGAAGAAGCGACCUCCGCUGGCCCUUCGACUCAUGGCCUGAAAUUUGGUUUUCAAGGCUGACACUUGCAUCAUUUGCGUUUGAUAGAAACAAGGAACAUUUCAACAUACUGUGCCAUUUCGCGCAUAGUGUUCAAAACGCUUCCUAACGCGCGCAUUUCUUCCUCUGUUGGCUCGUAAUACUCAGUUCUUCCUGUAUCUUCAUCAACCCUCAUCCCGGGCAUGUAUGCAUCAAUCUGUUCCCGCAGUUCGUUUUUCAGAAAGCCUUCACCGCGGCAGGCUUUAAUACAGCACCACCGCCCUACAAUUACAUAAAAGAGCAAAUCAGUAGACCAGUAAUGUGAACAGGCGCACCUUACUUCGAGUGAUAUAAAGAAUAAUAAGUAUUCCUACUGCUCCAAAGAUGAUUGCUAAAACUUCUAGAAUUCGUAAUUUCCAUGUUGAUGUCUUUUUGCCUGGUUGUUUUGGACUCUUCCUGCUCUAAAAUACUGAAUAUUUUGCAAAAUAUAUUUGGAUCAGACCUGAAAGUAGUGCGAUAAAC